GCACUCGUCACGGAAGCCCCGCAUCCAUGGUUGCUUGUGGCUGCAGCGAUGCCGGAAACGACAGACGACAGCAUUAUCACUCGAGCGAAACGGCCUACUUACCACUUGAGAGGGGUUCGGCACAAACCGUUCAUGUUCCCUGACUCCGUUAUCAGUCAAAGUCAAAGUUAACCAGAGCCCGCCGUGUCGAAACAGAAAUCAUGGAUCGUUUGCAAGUCGCCCCAGAAGACUUCGUGGAGAACAAGUUCGACUUCAUUAUCGUUGGCGGCGGGACCGCCGGUCUGGCUGUUGCUGCCAGACUAUCCGAACACCCACGCUUUAAGGUUGGAGUCCUAGAAGCUGGCCCGCUGGCGGUUGGUGAUAGCGAAGUGAACUGCCCUGGAUUCGCUGGCCGGGCACUCGGUACCCCGUUGGACUGGGGAUUCGAGACGGCGCCACAGAAGUCCCUAGGUGGGAGAACAGUGCCAUGGGCUCGAGGCAAAGUCAUCGGGGGUUCCAGCGCGCUAAACUACAUGACAUGGAACCGCGCCGCACGGCAGGACUACGAUGACUGGCGCGACCUCGGCAACCCGGGUUGGGGAUGGGACGACCUCUUGCCGUUCUUCAAGAAGAGUGAAUCUUUCCACGAGCCGAGCAGCGCCAUCCAGAAAGAAACCCCUGUGGCACUUCACGAUGGAGUUAUUGGACACAGCGGCCCUGUUCGGGUAUCAUAUCCUCGCGAAUUCACCGCAACCCACAAACUCUGGCACCGUACUCUGAACUCGAUUGGCGUCGAGACCAAUGACAACCACCUCGCAGGCAGCAACACCGGAUGCUGGACGAGCGUUGUUUCUGUAGAUCCUCGGAACGUCACAAGAUCAUACGCUGCAACAGCGUACUAUGAACCGAUUUCGUCCCGGUCCAAUCUGUUUGUCUUGACGGGAGCCGAGGUCGACGAGAUUCUGUUGACCAGGGACGAGAAUGCCCCCAGCCCCUGGAAAGCCGAAGGCGUCCGGUUUUCCCACGGCGGAGCGAAGUUUUCUGCUUUUGCGCGCAGAGAAGUCAUUCUGUCAGCCGGGUCGGUACAGUCUCCCCAGAUUCUAGAGUUAUCCGGCGUUGGUGGUAGCGCUGUGCUCUCCGCUGCUAGGAUCACGGUGAAAGUGGACAAUCCAAAUGUCGGCGAGAACCUUCAAGACCAUUUGACUACAACAUCGGUCUUCGAAGUCGACCCAAACAUGAGUAACCCGGACGACCUGCAAGUUGAUUCUGUCCUUGCCGCAGCGCAGAAGGAAUAUCUUGAAGCAAGGACCGGGCCGCUCACCAUUCUUCCUGUCUCGGUUUCAUAUGUGCCAGCGGCUAAGUUCAUCCAACAGGACACUCUAAACAUGCUGCUCUCGUCGGCGGCCACAAACGCUGUCCGUAGCCCGACCGCGGAACGCGACCGCAUGCUUCAUCGGCGUUUUGACAGCCGGUCUAGUAUGUUGGGUCACGUCGAAUUCAUCUUUGAUCUGGGCGACUGGGGCAUUGGCAGACCUCCUGGUAUUGCAAGCGGGAAGAAGUACGCGAGCUUGUUGCAGAUUCUGCAAUACCCUUUCUCAACGGGAAGCGUUCACAUCAAACCGGCAACCAAGGACAACGAAUUGGGGCCGCGCCUUACCAUAGACCCGCAAUACUUUGGGGGAACGAACGGUCAUCUGGACCUCGAGAUUGCUCUCCACGCCCAUCGGUUUGCCGAGAAGAUUACUUCGGCUCAGCCACUAGCGUCCAUCAUUCAGGCCCAAGUAUGGCCAUCGCCGGCAGAAACGACAACCGACCAGGAUCUACGCUCAUGGCUGAGGCACGUCGCGACAACAGAUUGGCAUCCCGUUGGGACGUGUGCCAUGGGGGGAAGUGCAGGAGCAGCUGGCGGUGUUGUUGACGAAAGGCUUCGUGUCUAUGGGGUUGAAGGGCUACGUGUCGUCGAUGCCAGCGUGAUGCCGUUACAAAUCAGUGCGCAUUUGCAAGCGACGGUAUAUGCGAUUGCCGAGAAAGGGGCGGCAAUGAUUCUCGAAGACAAUAGUGUAUGAAUUACCUUGGUAUGAAACGUGACGCACGCCUAUGCAUAUGCCGGUCUGGCCGCCCAACAUCACGAUUUGGACAAAGCCCACCGUCCAUACUUCAGAUGAGUUGAGACUUAAGCACCGCAACGACUGCAAAUCAAGCGUCAAAGCCUCGGGCUCCCUGGUAGUGUUCUUGCUGGAUAUCUAGCCCAUGUCGGCGCUGGGGACACUGGUCCUGGAUCGUGAGACAGAGACAUGCACUUCAACAUCGGCUGCUUGCCCAUGGUGUCACAGGGGUGAUGUCUACGUAGAGACCUAGGGCACAGUACCCCUAUCACGCCUCUGGAAUAACUGAACAUGCAACUUGUGAGGACGUUCCGUUAGGGCCGAAGGUGAAAGUUAGCUGGC